GACAUACAGAAACGCGAGUGCUGCUGGCCGGGUUCCCCAACAUGGCGCUACUGGUGGUCAUGGGAGUGAGCGGCUCGGGGAAAUCCACCGUGGGCUCAACUCUGGCCAAUAAGCUGGGAUGGAAAUUCUAUGAAGGUGAUGAUUAUCAUCCAGAAGAGAACAGAAAGAAAAUGGCGGAAGGAAUCCCUCUGAAUGAUCAGGACAGAAUUCCAUGGCUUUGCCACUUGCAUGAAAUACUAAUGAGGGAGCAUGCCUCUGGGCAAAACACAGUUUUAGCCUGCUCAGCUCUGAAAAAAAUGUACAGGCGCAUUUUAGAAAAUGGGGAGGCUGGUAUAAAUGUCCAGAAUUCAAGCGGUCAGCCGGAAGAACAAGAGGAGCCUGCAUCACGAAAGAUCUUUUUCAUUCACUUAGAUGGACCAAUGGAGCUCAUUGCUCAGCGCCUGGCAAAAAGGAGGGGCCACUUUAUGCCACCUGAGCUACUACGGUCUCAGUUUGAUGCUCUCGAAGCUCCAACAACACCUGAAAAUUUUAUCACUAUCAGUCUGGAAAAGCCUGUUUCGGAAAUUGUAUCUAUAAUUGAAGAAUAUGUUAGAAACAGGUAUGGAUAGUCCUUCCAGACUGGUUUUUAGUUUACAGAACAAACUCAAACAAGAUUUGUUGUCUGUCAUAGAGUUUCUUUCCUUUAACCAAACAUAAUGGUGAAUUAACUUCAUUGUGCUUAUGAGAUGAGGACAAUGCUGCUUAGUUGUGAGUUAUUUUUCACUUUCUGCUUUUCCAUACAUUGAACUUAGGUGAGUGUUUAAAGCAUGUAUAAUUGCCCUAAUAUUCCAAUGCAUUAUGUUAGAAAAAUGCCAUUGAAAAA